CACUUCGGGCGCGGGGACGCGUGGUGGCAGCGAGGGCGCGCACGCUGACACUGAGUGACUGAGCGGCUGCAAGGGGUGAGACGGACCGAGAGCGGGAGAGGGAGACGAUGCAGAUCACGCUGAAGACCCUCCAGCAGCAAACCUUUCGCAUCGACAUCGACUCCGAGCAGACGGUAAAGGCACUGAAAGAAAAAAUUGAAGCAGAGAAGGGAAGUGAUGCUUUCCCAGCUGCUGGGCAAAAGCUAAUAUAUGCAGGUAAAAUCCUCAACGAUGACACACAACUAAAAGAUUACAAAAUAGAUGAGAAGAACUUCGUAGUGGUUAUGGUAACAAAGCCUAAAGCUGCCCCUGCACCUACACAACCAACAACACAACCUGCUCCAGUACCUGCUUCAUUGAGUACCACAGCAGCUGCCUCCACCUCAACGGCAACUCCAGCUUCAACAACUCCAGCCUCAACUUCAUUUCCAACCUUAAUUGCAGAUUCAAUUUCUCCUUCAAAUCAAGCUUCCACCCCUAACCCAGCUCCAACUUCAGCUGUCACUGCUCUUGCCCCUGCCUCUCCACCAGCUACAGUUCCAGCAUCCGAUCCUACUAGUACAGUCACAGAGGAAAGGCCAAAGGAGGAAGAAACAAAAGAAGACACCACUGCUGCUUCUGAAGGACCAAACCCAAGAUCUGUGGCUGAAGAAAUCGACUUGAAUCUGGUAGAAACUGCCUCUUCCACGUUAGUUACAGGACAAGCUUAUGAAAACCUGGUGGCGGAGAUCAUGUCAAUGGGCUAUGAACGAGAGCAAGUUCUUGCAGCACUACGGGCAAGCUUUAACAACCCAGACAGAGCUGUGGAGUAUCUUCUGACGGGAAUCCCAGCAGAGCCAGAAGUCCCAGAGGAGCCACAGCCUCGAGUCACAACGCAACCACCGUCACAGCCAUCGUCACAGUCUACACCAGCCAGUAAUCCACUGGAAUUUCUGCGAACUCAACCCCAGUUUCAGCAGAUGCGUCAGAUAAUACAACAGAACCCGGCAUUACUGCCAGCCCUUCUCCAGCAGCUCGGUAGAGACAACCCAACACUCCUACAGCAAAUAACUCAACACCAGGAGCAGUUUGUUCAGAUGCUGAAUGAUCCUUUGGGAGAGGCUGGAAGUGAAGGAGCAGAAGGUCACGGGUCACCACACACUAACUACAUCCAGGUUACACCCCAGGAGAAGGAAGCAAUAGAGAGGUUAAAGGCGCUGGGUUUCCCUGAGGGACUUGUCAUUCAGGCCUACUUUGCCUGUGAGAAGAAUGAAAAUCUCGCUGCAAACUUCCUUCUCCAGCAGAACUUCGAUGAUGAAUGAUUUUUCUUUCCCUCCCUCCCUCCCUCCCUCCCCUUCUUCCACAACCCAUCCCCCCCAUUCUUUUUAACAAAACUUGGUUCACUUUCUAUCUAAUUGGAUGGUUUUUGGAAAGGCCAGGCAAAGUGUGGGUUACCUGGCUGUAUCAACAUUGUGAAGUGCAGCACUGGAAAGCACAUAUUUAAACAAUCAGACGCCAUACCCCUUUGGUCAGUCUACACUAGGUGACAUUUGACAGCUCACGACAACUAGCCAGUGGAGGGGGUGGGAGGGAUGUUGGUGACGGGUGGGAGAGGAGCCUGUAUUCACAAAAGUUUAUGCAGUGUGCACCAAAAAUUUCCUAGCCCCCAAAUCUUAGAGCAAGCAAUUUUACAUUUGUGCCUUUUGUGAAUAUGGGUGUGGACAUGGUGGGAGAGACCGAAGGUCAAAGUGAUUCUGCAGCAUAAUGUUUCAGACUUGCCUACAAUCAGAAUUUUCAGUAGUUUUUUUUUCUGUUUAUGGUGGGGGGGGGGAGGGGGAAGAGGGGCUAGUGGAAAGAAAUGUACAAUCAUUUAAGUAGUAAUAGCAGAUGUGAGAUUGCUGUUCUGGAAUGAAACUGGCAGCUGAUGUAAUGCCCAAUAAGAUAUUGCUUGAUUUGUCUCUGCCAACUACUAGAAAUGCAACCAUACCCAUAGUAAGGCAGCAAAAUAUUUUAUUUUAAAUAAAAACCAAGUUCCCAUUGUUGAAAACUGCUGUAUUUAAAAAAAAAGCCGCCUGUCUUGCAUUGCUGUUUAGGAAGUGUAUUGCGAUCUGUAUCUUUAUUUAAAAAAACUGAAGCACGGUAUUAAACAGCAGCUGGCAAUCACUGCAGGAAUCUUUAGCUUGUCUUGAGUAAGUAGCAGCAGUUUAAGUUUAUUAGAGUUGGCCUCACUCUCAAGUACUGCACGCAGCUGUUUCUUAAUAUUAUACUACCUUGGCACCAAUUCUUAAUAUUGCUAACUGGCCCCAGUUAAGAGCGUCAAAUGGAUCAUCUACAGGCUUUGACCAAGGACAGUGAUUUCAUGGAUAGGCGUGAAAAGAUGUUCAGAAACUGAGCCUACAUGAUACUGAUGCAUCCCACAGACUAGUCAAUACAGUAAAUUCACCUUCAGCAGUUAAAUUAGUGUGGAUCAGUCUAGUGGGAGGAAGAGAGACUGGCUGUCCUCAAGACAGAUUAUGGGAAAUGAAUCCGUACUUGUCCUGAACGCAGAAGUUGAGCAGCAUUGUAAGGUGCAUGGAAAUGUUGAAUGGCUAUUUACAAGAUGCGCUGUAGGACCUUUCACAAUUAAGUGUCAUUUCUGAAUGGAUAAGGAUGGAUUGGCCAUAAUUUGGUUCAGGGGGUGAAUAUCUAAUGUGUUUUCUUCUAAGGUCCCUGUGGUUUGUGCAUGAUGUAUGCUUUGCUUACCUUUACUCUGGUUAAAGAUUGCAACACUGUUGUUCUACCACUAGUCUUAAAAUCCGAGCAGCCCAAAGGCGGUCACCGAGAAAUACAAUAGAACUGGAAAUCUUUUCAUUGUAUAUUUUCCAGCUCCAGUGGAAAAACUAGCUUUGAGGUGCUUCAGAAAGGACAUGGAUUUGCAUUUCUGCUCCUCUCUGCACUAAACAUCUGCUGUGCUAAGGACAGUCCUGAGCAGCCACCCAUUCUUGCCCUCUGUAUCUUUUCCCACGAAACUUAAUAACUGAAUUUUAACCCUCAGAAUUUGAAUCAUUGGCGCAGUUACUUUGUGCAGAAUUUCACGAGGCAUUGUUGAAUUUGGUUAUCUUCAAAUCAUACUGGCAGAGUGUUUGUCUGAGGUGCAGGUAAUAGUACCAUUGUAUCUCACCUGGUAGGCAGGUGAGUUUUGUUGCCAUCUCACUACAGUCAUUUGACUUGUGCCUCAGGAAUUUGUGUGAAACAAAGAAUAUUUUGAGCACUGAAGUUGAUUUUAUUUUCUAUAUGAAGUCUGCAUCAAAAAAAAAUUAAAACAAAUGCAGUGUAAUUUUCAGCUAGGACAGCCUUGAAUUGUUCACCUAGUUGGACCAGAAGUAACCAGUUGCCUGAUUUAGUUAACAAUUAAAUUAAAGGAGGAAUUUUUAAGACCAAAUGGUGUUCAACCUCCAAAGCUGGAGAAGUGGCAGCAUGGAGAUGUGUGGUUGAGUAAUUCAUAGCUGGCCUCAGUACUUCUAGUCGGGCAUCAGCAAUUUCCCCCAUUGUGCAUCUGUGUUUAUACCUUGACAUAGCGAUCAGUAAGGGUUAAUACCUAACUGAUUUUUCUUUGCUUGUUUUUCUGAUGGAUUUCUUUUGUGCUGACUGCUGGAUUGAAGUGGGCAGGGGGACAUUGGUAAAAUGAUGGGUGAUUCAUAGUUCAGUUCUAAUCUAAGCACAACAGGUCUUGGAAGAAGAACUAUCGAUUAUUACUGGAGUCUUUUGCCCCAUUUACCUAAAAUGUCAUUGACAGAAACAGAUGUGGGAACAGUAGAAUCAAAUAAAGCAAAACCAAGAACAGUAAGGCUCAGUUCUGCUCACUUUUCAAGGCCUUUUUUAAACUCCUCCAAUGUGUCAUCUUUUAGUUCCAAAUCAGAAGCUACAUCUCAAAAAAAUAACUGGAAAUGUGGCUUCGGGAGGGGGUGUGGUGGGAAGGAGCAUCAUCUGUUUGGUACUGGUGCUGUUUCCCUCGUGUGCACCCACCUUUCCACGGGUCUGGUGGUGAAGAUCUUGUGCUGGUUCACUGUUGCUGAGACACAAGGGGAUGUUAUUUUGCCUCCUGUCGUGUCUUGCUCUGUUCUUUCAACUCUCCAGAACCAUUUUGUUCCAAGAAAGAUUAAACCACAGUUUUGGAGAGCAGCACAGCUGAAGACUGGGUGGGGUGCAAUUGACAAGACUAUUGCUCAUUCCCCUCUGCCAAUCAGUUGGGGUUUAUUUAUCCUGUUCUUUGUUUUAUUAAUUCACUAUUGGACCAGUGCACAACCACAAUUCAUAUUUUUACACUGGUAACCUUUGCAAUUGACCUCUUAUUUACAGCCUGUGACUCAAUUUUCCCUUGUAUCACUUUGAGUCAAAAUGAAUUGUCAGCCCCAGUCUUGCAUCAGGUACCUUUGACAUAGAGCUGAUUUGCUGAAUGUUCCUGGGAUUCAUAAUGUUUCAGUGUUAACUACAAUAAAGGCUUUUUACAAAGCUU